CCACCACCUCGACUCUCAGCGAAGAAAGAAGGAGCUGCUGCAAAAAGAUACGAAGGAUCAGAACGAGCCACCGUCAGGUCUUCGGCUCCUUGGCUAUUGUGUGCUCGUGCUCGAGUUAUCUCGGCUGCUCAAAGAGGGCAUGCCUCGACCCGGCGCUCCGCGAUUGGUGGGUUCGAACGGCUGCAGCGGGAGCGAACCAGCGAGGGCAUGCGGAGUGCCGGUGCAAACGAUCGGCGUAGUCAGUCGAACUCCGGUGGACGCGCGGCCAGCACGGAGAUCUGGCGCACGUCAAUACUCUCGCUACCCUUUGCGCGGAGCAAGCGAACGAGCAAGCGAACUCUCGCGAAUCACGGCUAAAAAGCAAAAUAAUUUCUGAACCUGAGGCGGGCCGCUGAAAAUGGCCAACAAGGAUAGCGGCAGUGCCCACAUGGGCCGCACCAACACCCUGCAGGUGCCCAACGGCAGCAACGGCACCCAGCACCAUGAGUUCAACUCGAUGAAUAUCGAUUCGGACGGCUCUGGAGUCGGAGUAACAAUCGUCCUGCCGGAAAAGCAGGAGCGCGCCGCUUGGGAUAACAAACUGCAGUUUUUCCUCAGCAUCAUUGGCUACUCGGUUGGACUGGGAAACAUUUGGCGCUUUCCCUAUCUCUGCCAGCAAAACGGAGGAGGAGCGUUUCUAAUUCCCUUUUUCAUCAUGCUCAUCCUUGAGGGCAUCCCUUUGUUCCUGGUGGAAAUUGGCAUUGGGCAGAAACAGCGGUUAGGCGCGCUCGGCGUCUGGAACAUAGUGCACCCCUGGCUCGGCGGUCUCGGCAUCGCUAGCUGCGUGGUCACCUUUUUUGUCGCACUCUACUACAAUGUCAUCAUCACCUGGUGCUUCUUUUACUUGUUCAACUCUUUCCGGUUUCCUUUGCCCUGGGCUGAAUGCCCAUUAACAAGCAAUGGCACCAAAGUGGAGGAGUGCGAGCUUAGUUCAGAAACAGCCUACUUCUGGUACCGCCAAACUUUGGACGUGGCGCCUUCCAUGGAUGACAGUGGAGGUCUCAAGUGGUGGAUUGUGUUGUGCCUGAUGCUCGCCUGGAUCGUUGUUUUCUUCAUUGUGAUGAAAGGCAUCCAGUCUUCUGGCAAGGUCGUGUACUUCACCUCGCUCUUCCCGUACGUUGUGCUGACCAUUUUCUUCAUCCGAGGCAUAACACUGAAGGGUGCAGCAGCUGGGCUGAUGCACAUGUAUACACCGAAGAUUGAAAAAUUGCUUAACCCCACCGUGUGGCUGGAUGCUGCAACACAAGUAUUUUACUCCUUUGGCCUUGCCUUCGGUUCUUUGAUUGCUUUCGGCAGCUACAAUCAGCAAAACAACAACUGUGUCAGAGAUGUAAUUUUUGUGUCGAUCACCAACGCAGUUACUGCUAUUUACGCCAGUGUAGUAAUCUUCUCUAUUCUUGGCUUUAAAGCCAUGGCUAAUGUGGACAGAUGCAUUGAACACAAUAUGGAGAAAAUGUUUGAUCAUGGCUUGACAGAGGCCUCCCAUGUUAGCACGGAAAAGUAUGAGGAAAUUAUGCAGACUUUAAAUGAGACUAUUCUUAAGACCUGGAAGAUGCACAUUUGCAGCUUAGAAAGAGAGCUUGACCAGGCAGCUGAAGGCACGGGCUUGGCCUUUAUCGUUUUUACCCAAGCCAUCGUCGAGCUUCCUGGAGCACCAUUUUGGGCCAUUAUUUUCUUCUUGAUGUUGCUCUCACUCGGUCUUGGUUCGCAAAUCGGCAUUUUGGAGGGGAUGCUGUGCACAAUAUUUGACAUAGAUUAUUUCAGAGAAAGGAUUCCAAAGCCAUAUCUCACAGCUGGCGUUUGCAUUGUUUGUUUCUUCGUUGGGCUGAUUUUCUGCACCGGUGCUGGGGAAUAUUGGCUGUCGCUGUUUGACUCAUUUGCUGGCACAAUUGGUUUGGUUUUGAUUGCCCUGCUAGAAAUGAUUGCCAUUAUGUAUGUCUAUGGACACGAGAAGUUCACAAAAGACAUUUACGACAUGACUGGCUACCGCCCUGGCUGGUACUGGCAAAUAACCUGGCGAUACCUUGGUCCAAUCAUCAUGACUGCCAUCCUCACAGCAUCGAUCAUUCACAGGAUAACAAACAGGCCGACAUAUUCAGCCUGGGAUGCUACCCAGGGCAUUACAGUGCCAACGCCAUACCCAGACUGGGUCAUGCUGAUCGCCGUAGCUAUCAUUGCUGUCGGUGUUUUGCCAAUUCCUGCAGUUUUCUUGCUUAGACGAUUCCAGUGUCUCAAACUGGACACAGACAUCCACCAAGGAGCAAUCAGGAGGAUUGACACCACUGCUUCAACAAGAGAAAUGAUGGCCGAUGUCGAUUUCGAUGAAGUUGAGAUGGACGAGUACCACGAUUAUCCGAACAGUCAAGAAGUAGAUGACUCUCCCGAUGACCACACGCGAGCACCAAAAAAAUUAUUCAAGAUGGAAGUUUUAGAUGACUGAAUGUAGCUCUAGAGCAAAAACAACUAGGUUAAAACGAAAUCUAGACGAGUAAUAAUAAUGAACUAAAGUAGUUGGUAAUUAUAUAUUUUGUGUGGAGUGAUGACAAAAUGUAGAUAUUUAGUUGUCUAAUGUGUUGAAGCAUUAGAAACUUGUAAAUUUUAAGCUUAGACAGAAGGAGAAGAAAAAUACUCAAAAUCGAUUUUAAAUUUAAAUGCAUUUGUACAAAGAAUUAAUGUAUCAAAGUCAUUGAUUGUAAAAGCAAAUUCAUCUCACAGAUAAUAUUUACACAUCAAUAAUGUUAACAAAUGAAGCUCAGUUACACCAGUACCGUGAAAAUAUAUUAAAAUCCUUGGACAGUGUGCAUCAAUCAGACAUUGAGAAAUUCACAGCACUUUAUGGUAUCGGCAAGUGCCUUCUUGAUUGGAGAUUGAAUAUUAUGCACUGAAUGCAUAGUUGUAUUUCGAUAAUACAAAAACUGUCCAUCUCUGUUAAUUUUGUGCUGAGUUAAGCCAAUCAUCAAAUCCAUUAAGUUCAUGUAUACUAAAAUGAUUCAAGUGGCUUUCAUUGAGUGUAGCUCUACUGUUACUUUGACUUGUUGAGUUUGAAAGAUGCAGUAUUGCACAUAUGGCUGGAUUUCAUAUUGUGUCAGGAAGCAAGCGGCCCCUUGUAAGAGAUAUUGACAUUAUCAAAUUUUAUCUUAUGUUUUAAGUUUUCUACAAAACUUGCAUUUUGUGUUUAAAUAUGCCAUCUCCUGAAGAAACUUUCAAAUGAUUAGAACGCAACACCUCAUAUAUAUUCAGUUAUUGCUAGGUGCAAUGGAACAAAUUUUUCUCUUUCAAUUCACUUACGUUUUCAUUCCUAGAGAACUGAUGAGAACGCCUCUGAAAUCUGGAAAGUUCUAAAUCAAACACGGAACAAUAAAAUCUGCACCAAAAUGAGACGAUCAAUUGAGAUGAAUCUCAUUUUUGUCUGGUAUGUCAAGAAAAAAUAACUGCAAAAUUGAUUCGCUGUAGCUAUCCAAUGUUGGAGAAAUAUCUGUGCUUGUGCUUUGUAGUCGAUUUGUGACAAUGGUGCACGUUUCCAUGCCGAUCAAUUACAAUCAGUACUUUUGUAGUUAUCAAUGAAAUGUGUAUCCGUGACAUUUUUAAUAUCACCGCACUACCACACGAACUUGAAACAAGAGACUUGAAUAAUGACAAGAAUGUGUAUGUGUCAUCAGUCCAUCUGCUGUGGAUAAAUAAUCAGCGAAACUACAUAUAUAGCAUAGUCUGAUCGAACGAAACACACAAUGCUAACUCUGAGAAAGGAAUCUGUAAUAACUAAUUGUAUUUAAAGAAAAAGUCGAUGAUAAUUAACCGCAAGUACUGAUACGAAUUAGAAAACAAAUAAUAGGAAGAUGAGGUUGAGCGCGUCCAAGUAACCCAUAAUGCGGUCAUCGUUUGAGUUGUCUAGAGAUUGCUUCUCUGUAUAUCCAAAAUUGGAAAUUCAGGAGUGUGACGCAGCUAGUGUUUUGUGACAGAGGUGUUGUUAACCACCUCACAUCAGGGUACCAAGGCUGGUUCGUGAUGAGCCAUUCAACAAAUUGGUAUAUAAUGUGGUGCACACUCGGACUUGCAUCUGUGUAUGAUUUAGGUGAAAUGACAAGUUACGAAAAAGAGAACCUCUUAUUCUUCUCAUCUGUUAGUUUUGCUUCUUAUACUGUAACUGUGAUGUUGUCCUCGUAAUAUUAACACAUUUAUCAUUAUACUUUUCUUAGAAGUUUGUAGAGAAUCCUAUUAUAGGAAGCACAGUACUCUCCUGUAAAAUGCAACAAUUGAGUGCAAAGCACUCGUUGACUGCAAGAACACUUUUACGUACAUAUUUGGUUUGGUGACACAGGCUAAUUUGUCGCCAUUCUUUUUUUAUACAUCCAAAAUGCAAUAUAUAUUAAAUAUUGUGAAGUAUUAAAUUAUGGAUGUUUCUCUAGUAGAAUAAAGUAAUAUGAUUCUUGUAUUAAAAUCAGGAGAGGGUGAUAAUAUUGGAUCGAGAAUAUCUGAAGGCUCAGAAUGUUAUGUGAUUAUUGAUAUGAGAUAAUAUAUGAUAAUUUUGCCUUUCAGCCAUGAAUCGAUGAAAAUGUAUGACAAGUCUUGUUCGCCCCAGGAUUCGUUGCUCAUCAGUGUUGAAAAUUAUCUUUUCUUGUAAAAUCUCUUGACAAGUGUGCAAGAAUUUCGGUUUUCCAUAAUAGAAAAGCGGGAGAGCCGCGUUACAUGGCGUUUAAAUUAAAAUAAAAUGUUCGUUGACACGAUCCAAAAUUUUCAAAAAAUCUGGUUGUAUGAAUUUACUGUUCAUUGCAGAGGAUACGAUGUUUUGUUGUUUUAGCAAUAAAAAAUCAUGUCAAUACAAAUUA